GCAGAGAAUUUAACAGCCCGGAAUCAUGCUGGGGAUGCUCUUCCGUGGGGUGUUCCUGAUCGGCAUACUCUCCUGGUACAGCACCAACGUGUGGAAAUUGAUCGACGGCUACUUCAGAGAUCAGUUUCGUAACUACUUGGAGGAGGAGUAUCGCAAGAAUCCGCGAAUGCGGUCCGAUCUGCAGACAGCCUCAGUUGGUAAAGACGAUCCCGCUACGGUGAUGCCAGAAACGACAGUGGCACCGUCGCGGGAGAUCCUCGAAGCUUGCGAGUCGGCCGUCUGUCCGGUCGAAAUUGCAGGCAAUGAUACGGGGCGAGAGGAGGUGACAGGUGGCACCAGUGAAAACGAGGCCGAGAGCGGAUCCACCGAUAAAAAUGCAUACCUGGGAACCACCGCGGAAUCGCAGCUGGAAAGUAGGAAGUCGUUCGAAGCCGAUCAGGAAUCCCGACUAGGCGUUAAUCGCGACGACCAUGACCUCCAGCAUGGCGAGUUGAACGACGAUCGGCGAUCGAGUCCCUCGCCGGUGAAGAAGAAGAGGAGCAAAACAAACACGAAAUCUGUCACCCCUAGGGACAUCGCGCGGGGUCCUGCAACCCCGAAAAAACAAACCGUGAAGACGAUCACCUUGACAGAGAGAGACUUCGAUUCGGUGGUUGACACCUCGAACGACGAUUUCUGGGAGUUCGAGGAAGACGCGGACGAAAGAGGACCGAUCGAAGGCAUUCUAGUUUCCCAGUUACCGUUCAAACCGAAGAUAGAUGGCAUAGGGUACUUGGAGAGAGUCACCGCGGAUGAGUAUUGUCCAUUAACUUUGGAGGACGAGCCGAACUGCGGGGAUACAGUUAAGUGGCCUUAAGAGCUCAAAUUCUACGUAAUUGUGAGGGAUGAUCGGGAGAGGAAAAUUUGGGGGAUUAUGUCUCUUCUCACUCGAAGAUGUUUUAAACUUUGUGUAUACAACCAAGUACCCGGGUAUCCAUUUCUAUUUUUCUUUUAGUAACAGCCCCGCAUCCCUACCCUUAAAUAAUUAAUAUAAACUAAAUAUCUUAAAUAACAAAACUUCAUAUAUUGUGAAUGUUUUGAUAAGCUCUCUGCUAAGCCGUAUUUGACGAAGUGUCAUUACUACGCCAUGUGUACCUAAAACACAAUGUAUGAUAAAUGCAGGUCCGCAUCAGAAAAUAUCUUACUAAUUGUUCUGAUAAUUCGAAACAGAAAGAUGAAGUAGCUUCCUUCAUUAGAAUGGUGUAAAUCAAAUGAAUAAAAUAACUGAUUAUUUUAAAAAAUAGCGGCGGUUAGAAGUUCGAGCUUCGAUUUAUUAGACUUUUCUUUUAAUUUUGACCUAGUAAAAAAUUAGAAAGAAACAAGGUUUCCUAAAAUAGUGAUACUCCUACUAGCUAAUGAUAACUCUUUAUUUUUAUUUGAUUUCUAUUUUCGACACUUUCAGAAGCUACGAUAGAAAGAAACUGAAUUUUUAGAAGUUCUAGGACAAAAUACCUUCCUAAUUGUUAACAGCUUUCACGGAAAAUUGAAAUAACAAGUUUUUUUAUUUUCGAUUUUCGUCAUAUGGUGUCGGAAUAAAUAAGCUCUUAAAUGACCCAUCUGUUGUCAAGAAGCGUAUAGAAUACAUAAAAAAUGAGAAGAAAUUUGCAAAAUAAGAUGUACAUACUGAACAAUGAAUUUGUAAUAGGCUGUCGUAACAAUACGGUAACAAGCAAACACAUUAUCGAUAAAAACCGAACAUAGGUUUACAUUAUAAUCUUAAUAAACUCUCAUUUUUUUCGAUUAUGCAUAGCUUUAUGAGAAUUUAAAAUAAAUAGUGAAAAUUGCAAUCAGAUGUUUGUGAUGUAAUUAUAGUUGCUUAGUCGCGGAAAUUCUAUCCCGACAGAGUAACAGCAGUACAAGAUUGCAAGAUAACUAUCAAAAUAUUUAAUUUCAUCUGAUUAUCGAUACCAGUUACAAAUUUGUCAACAAAAGAAUACUAAACGAAACAUGAUUUAUUUUAAAAUAUAUUUGUAUUUUAAUAAAUUAUAAUUAUUCUUAAAAAAAACUCUAAAAAGUUUAUAUAAAUGUAUAUUUAUAUUAUAAAUUCACUCAUUUACGACAAGAUUGCAUUGCAAACGUGAUAUUGAGUAUCUUCUAAAAAUUAACAAUUCAUUUACUCUGUCUAAGAUUUUUUAUAGCAAUAUAAAUAAUAUUCAUCAGUCAAAAUAUCGGUAGGAAAUUGAAUGAUGCCCUGUAGGGCUGUUAGAGUAUCUUUGUCUAUAGGCUGAGAUAUUGUAGGUGGCAAAUUCCAAGAAACGUCACCGCCUGCGCCCGCAUGUCCAAGAUUGUUUAUGACAGUACCUGCCGUUGUCGUCCUAGAGCGUCCUAGACAAUCAGUACACAGCAUGCUUUGGUUCUAAUUAUGCAGGACAUCUGAAACCUACCUGAACUUGUUCAAUGACGGAAGUAGCUUGUUUAGAAUGUAACAUGAAGAAGCAGUAGAAAACUUCGAAGCAAGAAUACACUAUCGUUCAGCAAUUAUAUACGUAGAAGAUAAUAGUAGUAAUUACACUGCGGAAACUCGAGAGAAAUUGAUUUCCUUUCUUAAAUUAAUAAUAAUAAUAUCUAUACAGUCUUCUAACGUU